UCACAGCUGUGCCGCUACACCACCCCUGUCCCCCACCUGGCUGUCUACUCUGGUUUCAACGACUCCCCCCCUCCCGACGCCUCACCCUCCUUCCCUUUCCUGGCCCUUACCCCGGCCUGCCCGUCCCCCAUCAGCGUGGCCUUAGACAGCACCUCGGCGUCCGAGCGGCGAGCGGAGGCCAGUGAAGGAGAGAGAGGGGGGGACCAGGAGGCCCAGGUCCCCUCAGGUGGGAGCUCGUCCAAGUCUCGGAUGCCGCUGUCGCUGCGCCGCCUGCUGAAGCGGGGCUGCACCCCCUCCACCGUGUUUGCCAGCUUGUCGCCUAAAUACCACUCAGCUGCCGGGGCAAGUAGCCGCAUCCAGCCAAUCAGCCCUGAUCAGCCCAGUCAGGCUCCUCCCAGACGGAUUGGCAAUUUCUUCCAGAUUAAAGUGGAUAUUCCUCCCGAGUGUCGCAUCUACCCCAUCGAGUCCGAGGACGAGGAGGAGGAGAACCGGGCGUCCUCUCGGGGCGGAGUGGGAGCCAAAGAGAUCAUCUGCCCCUGGGAGAGCCUCACUCCCCACAACGGGACAGGCUAACACUGGAAACCAGUGUGGAGCAGACGCAGUGAGUGUAUGGGCUGGCGGCAGAUUUCCCACUCAGUGUUUAUUGUCCCAGUCUAAACGUGGUCACAUUCUCACCACCAGGCCACAAACAACAACAUAGAUACCAAACAAUAACACAAGGGCAGACACAGAACUGUCACAGUGAGGCUCUACAGAGAUUUGUCUAUUGAACCAAACUACUUAUGUUCAGUGUUCGGAGUCCGACCGAUGUAUUGUCGAUUUGAUCAGAAACAUAUUAGUAUCUGCGUUUAUGUUCGACAAUAUGUGAACUUUCAUUUUACCGAAUAAACAACGCAGAAAUAUGUUUUAAUUUCCUUGAUUCAAUUUCGAUAUAUUUGGUUGAAUUUGUGUUUUAUUUUUAUUUAUAGCUACUUAGGAUUCAUGAUUUGGGUUAAACUGUAAAAUAUCAAGUCUCAGUUACUUAAAAUUUCAAUUACUACAGAAUUAUUGAAUUUGUUCACCCCCAUCAGACUCUAGUAUUCAACUUUCACUGCCUGUAGGUUUUAAAAGGCCCAGCUCCAUGUCUGCUGUAGCAGAAUCCUCCUCCUCCUCCUCCUCCUCCUCCGCUGCCUGAACAACCUUCACUACACAACACUGAGGUUAUGAGUCUUCCAGAACAGACCCUCCUCUCUGAGAAGAGUCACCAGAGGAAACUGUCAAAGUUUCUGAUUUACUUUAAGCGUUUUUUUUAUCUUUUCGUUUAACCGCUCGUGACUUUUCCUGAGAUUUAAAUCUGCUUGUGACGGCCACCAGGCUGUUUCUUCACACAACAGAGAAUAUUCAGUAGCUCGGAUAAGACAAAAGAAAAAACAGACACACACACAGAGAGAUCGGUAAUUUGCAUGUCAUUAAAAAAUGCAAGCCCCUCCUCGAGUCGUUCAUAUCCUACAAAAAAUUACAUACGGCAUUAAGUCAAUGGAAGCAGAAAUGACCAAAGCAACCAAAUUACUGUAAAUAUCGAUAUAUGACACCAGAGGAUGGCGCCACUGUACGGUCGUCUCGAUACAUGCACGUUUUGAUAGCAUCAAAUAAAUAUUUAAAAUCAGAUUCAGCAGAAUAAAUAUCACACAUUCAAUCUUCGACUUUUUAGUUUGCUCCAUGUCCCAUCUGCUAACAUGGAGGAGGUGGGUUUUCACCUCAUUGUACAGUCUCUGUUUUAGACAUAUCUGUAAUCACUUCACAAGCCUGCAGGCAGUUCAGUGUUUGAUACUCACACGUUUUGAGACGAGUAUUUUCCUUUAACUUCGGCCCUUAUCGUCCCCUGAUCUUUACAGAUGUGAGCCCCAGAUGUUUAGUGAGUGUUCGAGCAUCCAGGAGCCUCCGGACCCGAGCUGUAGCUUUCACAUUCAAACCUCGUGUCUGUUUCCGACCAGUAGCCCCACAGCAGCCUUAUCCACCUACACACCCCUCAGAGUUGUGUGUUUUUUGGAGAAUCAAGUCAGCGGCACGACAACAAAAAGUGUGACGGAGCAGAAAUGUGAAUAAUUAUUUUUGUGAUUGCCAAGGAGAGCGAAUACAUUAAUGUUUACAUUCUAGUCCGUGAUAGGCCCAGGGAGAUUUGGACAUAUAAUGACUCUACCUGUGCACAUGCCUGCUAAGAUUAUAGACAAUGUAUUUAUAUAUUUGCUGAAUCCGUUCUACGAAGUGGAGAAGUGUUCUUGUGCUGCUAAAUAGACGUAGAUGCCUCAUCCCUAAUUUACCUCUUUAUGGCUUUUUAUGUGAAAACGCCUGAACAGAUGCAUUUCAGGUGAAGUGAGAGCCACUCGAGUUCAUGAAUGAGGUUUGUAACAGAGUAAUAGUUUUGUAUUUGACUCCCCUGCUGUUUUGUAGCUGUUGUUUACUGUUUACUACCCUGAACGAGGUGUUGAUGUACUUCUCACAUGUCCCCCCCCACAUAGAUGGUGGUGUGUAUGUGUGCGUGUGUGUGUGUGUGUGUGUGUGUGUGUGUGUGUGUGUGUGUGGUUGCGUGCGUGCGUGUGUGUGUGUGUUUGGGGGGGUUACAAUGUGAAUUAACCGUUGGAAUGUAUUAUCUUUACCAUGUUUACAGAAGCAAGAAUGUGAAAUAUACCUUGAAUUUGAUGUAUUUGAUUUGUACAUUCCAUGGCUUGUGUCAAGU